AUGCCUUCCGGUGAGGAAGCAGGGCCUGGGGACUCGGGAGUUGUCUCUCCCAUCUCUGGGGCUGAGGUUGCCGAGGUGGUCAAAAAGCUCCCCAGUGGCAGGGCCCCAGGGGUGGAUGAGAUCUGCCAGAGUUCCUUCAGGCCCUGGGUGUUGGGGGGCUGUGUCAUGGUUGACAUGACUCUGCGGCAUUGCGUGGACAUCAGGGGCAGUGCCGCUGGACUGGCAGAGAGGAAGAAGAAGCGCAGCCAGGCGGUGGGUUUCCGGUCGUACCGUGGCCUCGCUCAAGUUGCUGUUCGUUGCCUGUGCGAGUUGCUGCUCGCUCUCCCUCACUUCAACUUCCACAACAACAUCAUUGUCGCCCUCGUCCCGCUGAUGAACGACCCCGACAGACAGGUAUCAGGUGCGUGCUGUGAUGCGUUCAGGAAGCUCUUCCAGCAGGACAAAGAGGGCGGGGCUUCGCUGGCGGCGGUGCGUGUCAUCUCCGGCCUUGUCAAGAGUCUCAACUACAACGUCAGACCUGAGGUGUUGAGGACGCUCCUCAGUCUGCGGAUAAAGGAGGUGCAGAUGAAGAAGGACAUCGAGGACACGGCACCAAAGAAGAAAUUCAUGAACUACAAAGAGAAGAAGAAGAACCUGUCCAGGAUGCAGAGGAAGUGGAAGAAGGCGGAGGAGAAGUUGGAGAAGGAGCUGCUGGAGGCCGAAGCCUCCGAGAGCAAAGAGAAGAAGAUCAAACUGCACACAGAGACUCUGAACAUCGUCUUCCUCAUCUACUUCAGGAUCUUAAAAAAAGCUCAGAAGUCAGUUCUUCUUCCUGCUGUUCUGGAGGGGCUCGCCAAUUUUGCUCACCUGAUCAACCUGGAGUUCUUCGACGACCUGCUCAACGUGCUGCAGAACCUCAUCCAAUCAGGAGAUCUGUCCAAUCGGGAGAGUCUCCACUGCAUCCAGACCGUCUUCACCAUCCUGUCAGGACAAGGUGACGUUCUGAACAUCGACCCACUCAACUUUUACUCUCAGCUGUACAGGAUGCUGCCACGGCUGCACGCAGGGGCACCCAGUGAUGACAUCAUCAUCGUGCUGCGGUGCCUGGACGCCAUGCUGACCCGUCGAAAGAAGCAGGUGACCCUGCAGAGGGCGAUGGCGUUCGUCAAGAGACUGAGCAUGCUCAGUCUGCAUGUGCUGCCCAACGCCAGUGUGGGGAUCCUCGCUGCCAGCAGAGCCGCCAUGCACGCGUUCCCUAAGUGUGAUUUCCUGUUGGAUAACGAGGUUCAGGGCAGCGGCUUCUACCUGCCGGAGCUCGACAAACCUGAACACUGCAACGCCCAGAACACAGCGCUGUGGGAACUACACACUCUGCAGAGACACUACCACCCGGUGGUGCAGCGGUUGGCGGUCCAUCUGAGUCAGGGGGCGCCCAGCGAGGGGUCGGGGUCGCUCUCCGUGGAGCUGAGCCGCAGGUCUCCAUUGGAGCUGUUUAACGACUACAGCGUCGCAGACAUGACCUUUAACCCCCCUGUAGCUCCGCCUGGCAGCAAGAAGAAGGAUCGUUUUGGUGUGACGCUGCUGGACGCCGAGCUGCAGAGACGAGCAGAGAGCGCCCUGACCGCCGUCACCGAGGAGACGGAGCUGGACUUUACUGCAACACACACCGCACUGACACACACACAGUACUGACACACACACACAUACACACACACCGCACUGAAC